UCAAAUCGAAUUCCAAUCCAAUGCGCAGACAUCUCUACACCCCUUCCCCGUGGGAGACGGAGACGGAGGCGGAGGCGGUGCCGGAGCAGCCGGCCCCAGGAUUAGUAUUAGUAGGAGGAGGCGGCGGCGGCGGCGGCGGCGAAGGUUCUUGUUCCACCCGCUGCUUCUCCGUGGAUUCGAUCUAUUGAUAAGCGCUUCCGGCGACCCUCAGGGCUAUUCCGGACCAAUCCUCAUGGCCGGCUGGACUGAUUCCGGCGGCAGCCGAGGGCGAGGCGGCGGCGGCGGCGGCUUCGCAAACCGCGGCGGCGCCAACGGCAAUAACAUGAACACCAGGUGGAGAGAGAGAAGGCCGCAGCCGCCGCAGCCUCAGCCGCAGCAACACCACCAGCAGCAACAACAGCAACACCACCAGCAGCAACAACAGCACGACCACCAGCAACAUCAACAACAGCACCACCAGCAACAUCAACAACAGCACCACCAGCAGCAGCAUCGCUACCGUCCUGUCAACGACAAUGACCGCUCCUCGCAGCAGUCGCGUCACUCACCAGCGGAGGAGCUGGAUCGACAACAAGUGCAGGGAGGCUCCUCCACUUCCGCCCGGCGCCCGCGGCCAACUCGUCCACCACAGGCUCGCCCCACCUUCACGGACCACAAGCUGUCUCCUACCUCCACACCCAAUGCCAACGAACCGGACGACAAGGCCAGGCGGAAUGCUGCCAACUUUGAGUGCAAUGUCUGCUUUGACAUGGCUGACGACCCCGUCGUCACCAAGUGCGGCCAUCUCUUCUGCUGGGAGUGCCUCUAUCAGUGGCUCCAUGUCCACUCCAACCAUCGUGAGUGCCCUGUCUGCAAGGGCCAGGUUGCUGACGAUGCCAUUAUACCCAUCUAUGGACGUGGCGGCUCUGCAGCGUCUGUUCAAGCCGCACCGCCAAGGCCCACUGGGGCCAGAGUUGAAAGCUCCAGACAGCAGCAGCUGCAGCAGGCUUCUGCUGCAAACUGGACUAUGCUGGGCGACCAUGAAGACGACGACCCCUUUGAUCUCCAGGAGAUUCGUCUUGGCUUUGGAAUUCACAGGCUGAGAGAUGCUGUGUUGAGUUUCAUACCCGAUGACCAUGUCGACAUCGAGCAAGAUUAUGAUGACUACACUGAUCCCUACCUCCACCACAGCUUUGAUGAGGUAUAUGGCUCUGAUUUUACGCGACUCCCAAUUUUUAGAUCUGCCGACGCCGCUGAAGCCGCGAUUGGCUCUUCCCGGCGACAUGGUCAUCAUAGUGUUUUUUCUGAUGACAUUAUGGAUACAUUCUUUGACAACACAACCCAUCAGGAGCCAGAUUUUGGUUACCGCGGUGGUCGGCGUCAGCGCGGGAGAGCAAGAGGAAUGACAUCCGCAGAUCAUUUCAACGAUCACAUGGUUGACAUGGUGUUGGAGAGUAGCUUGCGGAUCGAGGACAGCAGCGGUGCAUCUUACCGUGACACCAGUGCUGGUCCUCAUCAUCAUAGUAAUAAUACAGGUGGUUCCUCUCGGCCUAAUGGUGGAUGGACCGAGAGAAGAGGAAGAAGCAACCGUAAUUCAAACUCCGGUGGUGGAAGAGGAACGCAGAAUAGCAGGAGGCAAGGAGCAAAUUACAAUUGAUCAUGGCCUGAAAGUGGCAAUCAAAUAAAUCCAGCCUUGAAUUAUUCUUUCUUAUGAUUCUCUGUUCCGUUACUUUUGUAGCCGCCCCAUCUGGGCACCUUGAUAAGCAUAUAGUAUUUGAAUAUUGGGGUGAAUGUUUCUUCUCGUUCAUGCAAUUAACAUUACAUGUGGUUA